CUCUCAUUCACGCUGUCUCUCGCAGCUCCAUCUCUUCAUUACUCCGUCUGCUUCGCCCGGUUUUCCUCCUUUCUUAUUAUUCCCCUUCGUUCCUCCUCUUCCCAUUCCUCUCCACUCUUCAUUUUCGACAUGCUCUUCACGUGAAGUCCACCAACCAACUUGCAGAGUCGGUGGAUGUCGAGUAAACAAAAGCAGGCAAAUGAUCUGACGGGGGAAUUAAAGAAAAGAAAACACGCACGUUUGCAUCUUUCGCUGAGUGCCUUGGCUUGAACGGAGCAACAGUAUGGAUCUCUCAUUCAUGGCUGCACAGAUCCCAGUAAUGACAGGAGCCUUCAUGGACUCCUCGCCCAAUGAUGACUACAGUGGCGAGCACUCGCUCUUUAACUCCUCGGCCAGUGUCCAUGCCGCUGCCUCAGCCGUCUCGGUACACGGCCAGCAGGAUGAGCCACAGUCCGUGUCCAGUGAUGCCAUCUGGCUCUGGAUUGCCAUCAUCGCCACUAUUGGAAACAUUGUGGUUGUGGGCAUUGUCUAUGCCUGCACUUUCUGAUGAACACAUGCUUACAAAGACAAGUCACACUCUCACACAUCCUACUUUUUCUUGAUCUCUUGACCACUGAAGGAGGCUUUGUAGACAAUCUCUCUCUCUCUCUCUGUCUCUCUCUGUCUCUCUCUAAAUCCCUCACACUUUAUGGCGCAGGCGGGGAGGGAAGGACCUGAGGGUGCAAACGUUGUAAUACUUGACAAUGACAUAUAGAGGGGUAUAUUUCUUCAUUGAAGGGAAAGACUGAAAUUUGGCAGCAUUUAUCAGCAACAAGCAUUUUUGAAUGCUACAGCUGGAAGUUUGAGAAGAAGCUCAUGUGCACAGCAACCCUUUAGUUCAAAACAGAAACAAACCUGCAGUCUCACCCAUUAAUCAAAAGGAACUCUUUUUUUUUUUUUUUUUGCUUAAGUUUGUUUUCGUGUUUCUGCUCAGACAACACCCUCACUUAUUAUGUAGGAAGGAGAAUGGAGAUUAAAUGGGGCUUAAGAUUCAGGUCGAACUGGGCCAUCUGAAACCACCACCACAUAGUUGCUAAGCAAUGUAGGACAAAGCAGCUUAAUUAUGCCGCUGAACAGAGAUGGUGCUUGUUAGAAGAUUUUAAAAGUGUCGGAAAUAUUUUCAAGUUAAGCAGCACUGAGACACAGGAUAUUGGAGCUCAUAUAUGUUGAUGAAAAUGAACAUAUGGACACUGUUGUAUAUACUGUACUGUAGUGUCUAAGGCAAAAGAGAGCAAGAAACUGCAUUCAUUCAACAUUCUUAAAUUCACUGAAAAUUUCAUGAAAUUGUUGUCAGCAGUGGCAAGUCCAUUACGCACAAGAGCCAUUUUCUAGACAUUACCCCAUGGAAGUGUAUGUGUAAAUGUCCAGCAGAGUCAGAGCAGAGGCAGCCAGUUCCCUAGUACACUCUCACAAGAGCUAUAUGUAUAGCGCCGCAGAGAAUAGAGCAGCUAACUGACCUGUAAAUUCACAGUGAGUGAGUGGGCAUCAUUUGUCCUGCUUUGUACACGCGCUAUCCUGGUAACUCUCUUUACCUGAAAUAAACUGGGUAUUUCCAGUUGUGAGAAUGCAUCUGAACUGGAACCUCCCUAUAAGUGAGAAAAGCACCUAUGGUCAAUGUAAUUCUCAUAAUAGUGAGUUUGUCAGCUUAGGAGUAAUGACUUGUAGUCAUAAAUUAUCUUAAUGUCAAUUCCCUACAGUGAAAGAGGUUAUUAGAAAAUCCAAUCAUUUUGGCAUAGUCUGCUUAGAUGGGACUAGAUAUGUGUGAAGAAAAUAUAAUUAGAAGCACAAAUCAAUCUAAACACACUCAACUUUUUUCCCCUGUUCACCUUUAUCCAUAGUUACUUUUUUCCCUGAUGAAGUACAACCUAUAAGUGACGUUUUUUCCAUAACUGUACAGCAGAAGGUGGAAGUUUCUGAUAUUACACAUUUGUAUUGGCAGACUUAGAAAAAGCAGUAAAUAUAUGUGCCCCAAAGUAAUGUAACACUAACCAGAACUGUGGUAAACUUUGUGAUAAAUGUAUACUGAUGUGAUGCCUAAUUCAGAAAUGACAUUUUGGAAUUAGGCAUCGCUGUAUACAACUAUAUAUGAAAUUUUACAUAUAGUUGUGUCUUUUAAAAUUUCACUAUUGGAGGUAAUUUGCUCUGUGUUACUACGGAUGGUAGCAGCAGCUGUUUAUGUGGCAAGUAUUCCGUGUCCUAAAGGGGUUACAGUAACUUUACCCAAUCAUUAACAAUGCUCAAAGAUACAAAUUAUGUUUUUCACAUAGAACAUACUAUACAAUGCACUGCACUUACACUAAAAAUGUAGCUAGUAGGCUUUGAUCUACUAAUUGAUGUUUGUGCUUUGGUUAAAUGUCCCUUAUAAGCUGCAAUGGAAAAUUUUACAAAUAUGGGCCUAUAGGGUCAAGCAAGUUGUUUUAUCUGUCAACAGUUCAAUUUUAUUAUUUUUUUAACGUGAUAAACUGACUGUUUUCCAUAUUUAAGCCUUGAUUAUACUUUGUGGAUAUGGACACAGACAGCUGGAGACACUACAGCUGAGUAGUCAUUCCUGUUAUACUUCUUUGAAGUUUGCUGCCUGGGGCGUGUGCAUAGUUGGUGUAUUGUAAUGUAAAGUCUCCAAAAUAGUCUGUGUGGGUCACAAAAACUGGCAGGCAUGCGGACAGCCGCAUGGACCCUCAAGCUCAUUGUCUGCUGACUAAUUUUACAUUGCAUGGACCCAAAUGGACCCAAGCAGAAAGUAUAAUCAAGGCCUUAUAGGGUUAUAGAGAAAUAGAGAUGAUAGCUCUUUGCUCAGCCAAGUAAUGCUACUCCUGGGAUUUAGAAAAUAAUACCAAUAUGUUAGAAAGAAAUAAUUCAGUCUUGUACACACCCUAACUGUUCAAAUGUUCAUACACUGGAAAGAAAAACUGGCUUACUGUAUGUAUUGUACGAUGUAAAGAAAAAUUUAGACCGUUACUAUGAGAGUUACUUACUUAUUUUUAAUAAAUUGUUGAUGUAGAAAUAUUUAGUAAUGUUGUAAACCACAUACACAAUGCUCCUUUUGUAAAGAC